GCAGGUCCUCCCGGGGCGGGGCGGAAGCGCACUGGGCCGGGGCCGCGGGCGGCGUCCGACGGCGCGGGUCUGGAAGCUGCGGGGAGGCCGGGCGCGGGCGCGGAGGGUCGUCGGAGUUGGAGGCCAUGGCGCCCCGGGCCGUGCGCGUCGCGCUCCUGGGCUGGGGCCUGGCUCUGUGCUGCCUGUGGUGCGCGGGCGCGGGGUGGAGUGGUAGCCACGAAUGGAAGAAACUCAUUCUGAGCCAACACUGGCCCCCAACGGUGUGUGAGGAAGUUAGCAGCUGUCGGAACUCUCUGGAUUACUGGACGAUACACGGGCUAUGGCCUGACAAAGGGGAAGAAUGCAAUCGAUCGUGGCACUUUAACAUAGACGAGAUUAAGGAUCUCAUGCCGGACAUGAAGAUCUACUGGCCUGAUGUCAUUCACCCAUCUUCCAACCGCACCCAGUUCUGGAAGCACGAGUGGGAGAAGCACGGCACCUGCGCAGCCCAGCUGGACGCCCUCAACUCCGAGAGGAAGUACUUCGGGAAGAGCCUGGCCCUGUACAAGCAGGUGGACCUCAACAGCAUGCUCCUGAAGUUUGGGAUCAAACCUUCCAUCAAUUACUACCACAUUGCAGAUUUUAAAGACGCCCUCACCAGAGUCUAUGGAGUGGUACCUAAGAUCCAGUGCCUGCCACCAAAACAGGGUGCGCAGGUGCAGACCAUUGGCCAGAUCGAGCUCUGCUUCACCAAGAAGGACUUGCACCUGCGAAACUGCAGCGAGCCGGGCGAGCAGGAGGCGCGGCUGGCCAAGGGGGCCGCAGCACGGGGCAUGGCAGUCUGCGAGUACGGCCCCGUCUUCUACCCGCCUCCAGCAGAGACCCAGCCUUGAUCCCGUUUGGAAAUAUUCUGUUUUACAAAGAAGAGAUUCACAAAUUACAGCUCUCUGAACAUGAUUCCAAAGCCUUUUAAAGUGUGCUCUGCUUUUCCUUCA